AAGGCGGUCACGUGGGGGUGCGGCCGUCCGGCUCGGGAGCCGCCAUCUUGAAGGAAAGUUUGAGGGGAGAGCCCGAGGAGGAGGAGGAGGAGGAGGAGGAGGAAGAAAAAGAAAGAGAGUGGAAAGGAAGAAGAGAAGACAGCGGCAGGAGAGAAAGAGACAAGGAGGGAAGGAGAGAGGGAAAGAGAGAGAGAGGCGGAGGAGGGGGGAGCGGCCCCUUGCCCAGCCCCGAGAGAGCGAGGAGAGAGCCCUGGCAGAGCGGCCGGCCGGCCCAUGGCGCUCGGGGCGUGAGGCGGGGCUGACGCGCCAGCCAUGCCCGUGCGGAAGCGAGACACGGAGCGGGCGCUGCGGCUGCUGCAGGAAUACCGAGCGCAGCUGAGCCCCGCGCACGACCGCCCGCUGCGGGGCUCCUUGGAGCGCGUCAUCGGCAUCUUCCAGAGCAGCCUCUUCCACGCACUCCUCGACAUUCAAGAAUUUUAUGAAGUGACCUUAUUGGAUAACCCCAAAUGUAUUGAUCAUUCAAAGCAAUCUGAACCAGUACGGCCUGUGAAUACCUGGGAAUUUUCCAGCCUUCCAAGUACUACUGUGACUACAGACACACUACCCAGCAGCCUUAGCCCCAGUGUAGAGAAAUAUCGAUAUCAAGAUGAAGAUACUCCCCCCCAGGAACCCAGCUCUCCAACCAUCACCAAUGAGGUGACAGGUCCUGAAUUGGUUCACAUCUCCGAGAAAAAUCUUUCAGAGAUAGAAAACGUCCAUGGAUUUGUUUCCCAUUCUCAUAUUUCACCAGUGAAGUCCACAGAAGCUGCACCUCCCUCUCCUCCCAUUGUCCCUGUGGUCCCUGUCCUGCCCGUCUCUGCUGAGAAUACUGUCAGCCCGCCCACAACACCACAGGCAAACCCUCCGCCAGUGCUGGUCAACACAGAUAACUUGGAGCCUUCAGCAUAUGUCAAUGGUACAGAUGCAGAUUAUGAGUAUGAAGAAAUUACACUGGAACGGGGCAAUUCAGGGCUUGGUUUUAGCAUUGCAGGGGGCACUGAUAACCCCCACAUUGGAGAUGACUCAAGUAUUUUCAUUACAAAGAUCAUUGCUGGAGGAGCAGCAGCACAAGAUGGAAGACUUCGAGUUAAUGAUUGUAUUUUGCGAGUAAAUGAAGUUGAUGUCCGGGACGUGACCCACAGCAAAGCAGUUGAAGCCUUGAAAGAAGCAGGAUCGAUUGUGCGUCUAUACGUCAAAAGACGGAAGCCAGUGACAGAGAAAACGGUGGAGAUCAAACUUGUGAAAGGCCCCAAAGCAGGUCUUGGGUUCAGUAUAGCUGGCGGAGUUGGGAAUCAGCAUAUUCCUGGGGAUAACAGCAUCUAUGUCACCAAAAUUAUCGAAGGGGGAGCAGCCCACAAAGAUGGCAAACUACAGAUUGGAGAUAAACUUUUAGCAGUGAACAGCGUAUGCUUAGAAGAAGUGACUCAUGAAGAAGCUGUGACGGCCUUAAAGAACACAUCUGACUUUGUUUACCUGAGAGUAGCCAAACCCACCAGUAUGUACAUGAAUGAUGGCUGUGUUCCUCCUGAUGUCACCAAUUCUUAUUCACAACCUGUGGAUAACCACAUUAAUCCACCUGCUUAUUUGGGCCAAACCCCAGCAUCUCCAACCAGAUAUUCCCCAGUUCCCAAAGGCGUGUCUGGAGAUGAUGAAAUUACCAGGGAACCAAGGAAAGUUGUUCUUCAUCGCGGUUCAACAGGCCUUGGUUUCAACAUUGUAGGAGGGGAAGAUGGAGAAGGAAUAUUCAUUUCCUUUAUCCUUGCUGGAGGACCUGCUGAUCUUAGUGGAGAGCUCCGGAAAGGAGACCGAAUCAUAUCGGUCAAUAGUGUUGAUCUCAGAACGGCCACACACGAGCAGGCAGCAGCAGCUCUGAAGAAUGCUGGCCAAGCUGUCACGAUCAUUGCACAGUAUCGUCCUGAAGAAUAUAGUCGUUUCGAAGCAAAGAUCCAUGACUUACGGGAACAAAUGAUGAACAGCAGCAUCAGCUCCGGAUCCGGUUCCCUCAGAACCAGCCAGAAGCGAUCCCUCUAUGUCAGAGCCCUUUUUGAUUAUGACAAGACUAAAGACAGUGGCCUUCCUAGUCAAGGACUGAAUUUCAAAUUUGGAGACAUCCUCCACGUCAUCAAUGCUUCCGACGAUGAAUGGUGGCAAGCCAGGCAGGUGACCCCAGACGGCGAGAGUGGUGAAAUCGGUGUGAUUCCCAGUAAACGAAGAGUUGAGAAGAAAGAACGAGCACGGUUAAAAACAGUGAAAUUCAAUUCUAAAACAAGAGGAGAUAAAGGGCAGUCACUCAAUGGCAAGCGUAAAAAGAACCUCUUUCCCCGAAAGUUCCCCUUCUACAAGAGCAAGGACCAGAGUGAGCAAGAAACGAGUGACCUUGACCGUGAGUAUGCGGGCACCAGCCAAGAGCCGCCAUCUCUCACCCACGGGAGGCUGUUACCAUGGAGACAGUUUCAAGAGCUGCCACAGGAGAUCCCUGACGACAUGGGAUCAAAAGGCCUGAAGCAUGUAACUUCUAAUGCCAGCGAUAGUGAAAGUAGUUACCGUGGUCAAGAAGAAUAUGUCCUGUCCUAUGAGCCAGUGAAUCAGCAAGAAGUGAGUUAUACUCGGCCCGUGAUCAUUUUGGGACCCAUGAAAGACAGGAUCAAUGACGAUCUGAUCUCAGAAUUCCCCGACAAAUUUGGAUCCUGCGUUCCACACACAACUAGACCAAAGCGGGACUACGAGGUGGACGGGAGAGAUUAUCACUUUGUAACCUCAAGGGAACAGAUGGAGAAGGACAUCCAAGACCACAAGUUCAUUGAAGCCGGGCAGUACAAUGGCCACCUCUACGGCACCAGCGUGCAGUCCGUGCGCGAAGUUGCUGAAAAGGGUAAACACUGCAUUCUGGACGUCUCGGGAAACGCCAUCAAGAGGCUGCAGAUCGCCCAGCUCUACCCCAUCUCGGUGUUUAUCAAGCCCAAAUCCGUGGAGAAUAUCAUGGAAAUGAAUAAACGUCUGACUGAGGAACAAGCCAGGAAGACCUUGGAGAGAGCCCUGAAGCUGGAGCAGGAAUUCACGGAGCAUUUCACGGCCAUCGUGCAGGGGGACACACUGGAAGACAUUUACAACCAAGUGAAGCAGAUCAUUGAAGAGCAGGCGGGUCCUUCCAUCUGGGUCCCAGCAAAGGAAAAGCUGUGAGGAGGAGCCUUCCGGCCAGCGCCGCGCCGCGCCGCGCCCUGCGCCCUGCCCGCCCGCAGGUCCCCUGCUCUUUGUAAACCUUUCUGUUCACUCCUUUGUAUUCUCGUGUAUUCCCGUUGGUCUGUUGCCAUUUUUCAGGACUGAAGAUGGAAUGGCCCGACCAGCUGUUCAGGGUUCGGGGGGGCUGGGGAAAUGCUGGUCGAUUCCUUAAUGUUUAAGGGAAAGUCACUUUCAGAGAUUUUCAGAAAAGCUUUAUAUACAGUCUUUUAAAAUUUCAUAACAAAGGAAGAAAAAUGGUCUUCAUGGUUUAGGAAAUUGUGAGCAACUUGGCACGUCUCCUUUCAUAGCAUGGUUUGGCCCGAGCUGUUUGCAAGGUUUUUUCUUCUGAAUUUGACUCCUUAUCAGAGCGAACGGGUUGGUUGGUUGGUUGGUUGGUUGGCUUUACCAGGCAGUGAAGGAAAACCUCUGCUUCGGGGUGUUCUUUUUCAUUUCAAGGUGAACGUCUGCAUUAACUUCCAUAGUUUCACAAGGGAUAGCUGUCUCUCUAGGCUUACUUUUGAAGUCUUUCCUCUUGCCUUUUUUCCUUUCUUUUAGUUUUUUUCCUGAUACAAUUGCUAGGAAUAACAAUGUUAAAUGUUUUUAAUCUUGCUCGUAUCACACUAUUUACAGUGUCUUACAGCCGUGUUUAUAGCUAAGGAGCACCCCGUUUUCUGAGUCGAGUCUUCGUGGAGGUGCUAGGAAAGCUUGCCUUCUGCGCAGGGGUCAUGAGUUGCUAGGCUGAGUCAGUGCAGACAAAGCCGAGAGCUGACCGUGCUGUCCCAGCAGUCCUUACGGCGUGGCCAGUGUGUUCUUGGGCUCAGAUUUUAACGAGUAUUUUACCCACGAUAACUGCCUAUUUUGUUAUAAUAAAUAUAUAUAUAUAUAUAUAUAUUAAACUUUCUUUAACUAAAACUCUGUAACUAUGGAAACUAUUUUCUUUACAUAGUUGCACACACACAUAUAUAUUUAAAGAAUAUAUAUAUUUUUCUUUUACCACCUAUUCCUAACUUUUUGUUUGGUUUUGAAAAUAAAUAUUAAUUAGAGUUGAUCUUCCUCAAUCAUGUGAAAUGCAGACAGCUAUGGAUGGUUGGUUGUUGGGGAAACUAGAAGGAAAUGAGUUGCAGGAAAAUGCUAUGAGCACGUUCUCCCCUUUUCGACACAAUGUUCCAGGUGUCUGCUUGCCCCCCGUCCUCCCUUUUCUGGGAGGGAAAAAUCAGCCACAGAAUUCAAGUCUGGUCCGCUUGCCGCUUCCUUUGCAGCCGAGAUCAGCUCCCGAGACCUGGUGCUGCGCCCUCGACUCAUCGUAGUCCAACACCAGGAGCACUCCAGGAGCAGAAUUCUCUGGUCCUCCCUCUCCGUAGUGCUCGAUAGAUGGCUGCCCGUUGCUAGUUUGGGGUUGGUUGUUUUUUCUAUAUGUUUUCUGCAACUUCCUUGUUGUUUUUUCUCAACCACGUGAGGGCUGGUUUGUAAAGAAUUAUCCGUAUCCAUUCCAUUUGUGGGAAAGGGGAGAACAGCUAAUAAACUUGAUUGUACCACU